AUGGACCUGGUCAUAACACAGCAGCUGGCUUACGCCGAGAGCCAACAAGAUGCUGCCUCCCUGAAGAAAGCUUACGAGCUGAUUAAAUCUGCCAACCUAGGAAAGUCUGCGUUCGACCCCUCUGAGAGCUUCAGCCCGGACCUCUUCGUCUUGUGUGCAGAGCAGGCGCUCAAGAUGGGGCAGCCGGAUGUGAGCGAGGACUGCAUCCAGAUGUACUUCAAAGUCAAGGGCCCGGUCACCCAGUUUCUAGGCCGGGCGCACCUGUGCCGAGCCCAGCUGUGCGCCCCACAGUCCUCUGAGAACCUGGAGGAGUUCAAUCAUUGUGUGACUCAGUAUAUGAAGGCUAUAAACUUUGCGAAAGGAGAGCCCAGAUAUUACUUUUUGGUUUAUAACGCGUCAGUCCUCUACUGGCAAAUGGUUAGGCCGUUUCUCAAGCCUGGAUACCGACACUACCUCAUCUCCAGCCUCUCCCAAAUUGUCAACGUGUUAAAUCAGACCAAGGAGGAGGACAAGGACUGGCGCGCUGAGCUGAUGUUGGAACUUAUUGAGUGUUAUCUGGACGCUGGAAAAAACGAGGAAGCUGCUACGUUUUGUUCCAUGGCAGCACCAUUCAUAAAAACUAAUGUGCCGCAGAAAUAUCGAAAGAUAUUCUCUGUUAUGGUACGUCACAAAUUAAUGGAUGAGCAUCAUUUAAAAGAAGAAAUGAAAUCUUCAAUUAGCCUGUCCAUCUGUUUCCACAUUAAUAUGCUAAAAGCGAAAUUAGAAAACAACGAAUUACCAGAAGACGCCAAUAUAAUUCUGAAGGCUCUCUAUAAGCGUUUAGGUUAUUAUCAUCACCAGCGCGUACUUUCAAUCAGAGAAGAAAAGAUUCUUUUGCUGUUUGAACUAGCCCAUCUUUCAUUGACCUUGAAAUGUGAGGAAAUUGCUUCUGGCUGCAUAUCAGACCUGAAGAAAAUCGAGAAUGCAGAUCCAGGGAAGCUGAUUGAAAUUGAAUGCCUGGAGUGUGAAUCUGAAGCUUUAAAACUUGAAAAUAAAAUUAAAGUCUAUAGCCGAGCAGCUGUGGAGACUCAGCUGAGCAUCAUUCAGAGGCUGGAUGUGGCGCUGCAGCGUGCCAUACGCCUGGGCGACCCUGGCGUCAUCCACGUGGUGUGCACCACACAGUGGAACACGUGCCUCCCUUUGCUCCAGCACAACCUGCGCCACCACCUGCGAAAGGCACUGACCAACGUCGCGGAGAUCCUGGAGAAGGUGGACAGCCUGAUGGUGCUGCUUCGCUGCCAAGUGCACAUGGAGAUGGCGCACAUUGAGGAGGACGAGGACCGCCUGGAGCCCGCCCUGGAGCACCUGCGGAAGGCCAUGCGCCUAGACAGCCUGGGCCUCUACCAGGACCAGCUCAGGAUGGCCUCCAACCGCCUGCACCUGUGCACCAUGCUCUACCAGUCGCCGGAGCGUGCUGAGGACAAAGCCAUCAUGGCCAUCGAGCAGGCAAAGAAGGCCAUACCCAAGGACAGUGUCAGGAAGAAGCGGGCUCUCCUGGUGAAUGCUGGCCUGGCCCUGGCUCCCGAUGCCUUCCAGAUAGUGCUGGACAGCGAGAAUGAAGCCAAAGUCUCCACUGGGAAAAUCAGGAGCCGGUUCUCCUACCUCUUUGCCAAAGCACGUCACUUCAUCGUCAGUGUGGACAAAGCUGCUGGACACUUACGGCGCUUGGGAAAUGAAAAUGACAAAGAAAGAAUACAGAUUUGGGCCGAGUUAGCCAAAGUGGCCCGGAAGCAAGGCGUGUGGGACGUGUGCAGGACAGCGAGCCGGUUCUGCCUGCUGUACGACAACGUGAAGGUCAAGAAGCCGCCCAGGAUGAAGCGAGGGAAGAAGAAGCGGGGCCAGGAGAGCUCUGCGCAUGGCAACGGGGGGCAGUCGGAGCUCACCCUGCACCGGCAGGAGGCCCCUGACCUGCUGCGGAAGUUCGCGGAGGUGGGCUUCGUGAAUGCUGAGGCCACAGUCCAUCUGCUGCAGUCUGAAGGGGUACAGCUCAAUGACCGCCCCAUCCCUCCUGAGGACUUGAGCCAACACCCAGCCGGCUACAUGGCCGCACCUCCAGAGGAGAAUUCGGAGUGGAUCACAUACAGCACCUGGAUGGAGAACCUGUCGCAGUACGCCAUGAACAACUGGCUGCGGUCUGCGGAGAUCGGGCAGGAGAUCCAGGAGGCCUGGAUUGUGCAGAACGCUGUGGUCUACGUGCUGAACCACAACCACCACCUCAUUGCUGCUGGGCGCCAGAGAGAGCUGGUGGACGCGCUCUACACGCUCUUGAACAUUGUCAAGACCACCGGCCACAACGGGGACGCAGUCACCCUGGCGAUGCUGUGCAAUGCUCUGGCUCGAGGCUUGAUUCUCCACUGGAUCCCCACACAGGCAUCUGAGAAGUCCAAGAGGGUUAUGCGCGCGAACCUGUUCCAUGUGGCGCUGGACUCUGGUGCUACCUCUGAGAUCAGGACCGCGGUGGAGGUCUGUGAGUUUGCCCUGAACCUGACCAACGGGAGCAUGCCCGAGGACGUGGUACCCACCAAUGUCCGGCACCAGCUCAUCACCACCUGGGUGAAGGCCAAGCAGCUGCUGCAGCAGCAGAUUGGGGCUCGGCUGGGCACGGACGAGCAGAGCGUGAGUGAGCACAUCAACUCUGUGACAAAAGUGCUUGUCGCUCUGGAGAUGUACUCGUGCAACGGGCUGGGCCUCAUGGAGUUCAGCGUGCCCCCUCUGGCACAGUUAGUGAAAAUGGCCUCCGAGUGCAACUGGUCGGACCCCCUGGUGGAGCUGCAGACGCUCACUCGACUGACCCACUUCACCUACGCGGCCCACGACCAUGAAAUUACCAUGCUGUGUUCGCAGAAGGCUAUCCAGAUGGGCAUCAAGUACAUUAGGAUUUUUGCACCGCCCGAGGCUCGGCUUGUGGCGGAAAUGCUGAGCACCGCUGCCUGCAUCCAAGGCAAGAGCGUCAUGGAGAACCUGAAGGGGCAGAAGCAGCUACGCCUGACAGCAGCAAAGGCGUUCAUCGAAAGCGCAAGGUUCGGGGGCAUUGCGGGGAACAGUGCCCUGGUCAUGCUGGCUGCCAGGCACUAUUGGAAUGCCUGCCUCCCGAUGCUGUCCUCCGGGGUCAGCCGGAGGAGGGUGAGGAGCACAACCCAGAGGAUCAUCAGCAUCAUAAAUAAGACGGAGGCCAAGAAGCAGGAAAAAGAGAAAACGCUGCCCUUGCACCAGUGGCCGACGUCGGACUUUCAGGGCAGCGGGACAACCGAAGGGUACUUUCUCCCAGGGGCUGAGGAUGACCUCACACUGCGGGCCGCGCUGUACGGCCUGCUGUUCCACAGCUACGCUGACCACAACGACUGGGAGGGCGGCCUCAAGGUGCUGGAUGAGGCCGUGCAGGUGCUGCCUCGGACACCCCACCGCCUCUUGAUUUUCAAACACAUGGUGAUUGUGAAGGCCAAGCUUGGCCAGAACUUCUCAAUGGAGAUACAGAAGUUCAAAGACGAGAGUGAGGAGUACCUGGCACACAUGUGGCACCGCCUGGCGCUGAACUCCAAGAGUGUCUACGGGGAGCUGAUGUGCUACCACAGCGCGAUCCAGGCCCUGCAGAAGCCCGAGAGUGCAUGGCAGAAGGUGGACUAUAUCCUGGAGCUGGGCGAGUGGCUGUACUGCAAGCAGUCUCCUCGAGAGGACGUGCUCUUCCACCUCAAGUGGGCCACCGAGAUCCUGCUGGCCAUGCAGCUCCCCCACAGCACUGCCCAGCCAGGAGAGCACAUACCCCUUCAAGCAGCCCUGGAGGGGUCAGGCACCCCCCCAGUGACGGUGGAGGCUGGGACAUCAUCCUUGGAAAGUCUCAGGGACGUGAGGCAGCUGGACGCACUGGCCUGCGCCCACAUCCUGCUGGCGCUGGUCUUGUCCCCAAGCUCACCCCACUACCAGGACUGCUGCCUGAUGGCCUACACCUUCGUCAGACAGAUCUGGCAGGUUUCCUUGUUAACAGCAGGAAACUCAAUUUCAGAAAGCAAGACUGUAGCAGCAAGUAGUUCACCUUCAUUAUUACCAAAAAAGGAGAAGGAGAAAGGCAAAGACAAAGAGAAGGGCAAAGACAAGGAGAAGGGCAAAGACAAGGAGAAGGAAAAAGGCAAAGAGAAGGAGAAGGAGAAGGAGAAGGGCAAAGAGAAGGAGAAGGGCAAGGACACCAAGCAGCUUCAAACCCCUGUUCCCAGCAAACGGCUUGAGGAUUUGCCUGCAAGUGUGGAAGAGUGGGCUUCCUAUUCCUGCCCAGAAGAGAUUGUGUUGAUAUUUAAACAGGACAAGAGCAACCUCACUGUCAACCCAUCGAGCAUCCAGAAGCCCACAUACAGUUUAUACUACCUGGACCACUUGGUCAAUGCCCUGAAGGAGAUGUUCCUUUAUGAGCUCAUGAUCCCAGUUCUUCAGUUGGGCGUACUCAUCGCAGAGUCCGUGGUGGACAGCAAGAGCCUCGCAGACCUCUACCACCUCAGACUCGCCCAGGUGUGCUAUGACUUGAAGCUGAGAGAAGCAGCAGCUUACCAUGAGGAGGUGGUUGGGCAGACAUACAUCGGGGAGAUGGAGCAAGCAAGCUGCAGGAAAGAAAUCGCCCUGAAAAAAGAGAAAAACAAGGAGCCCCUGUUGGAGGAUAGCCUGCAAAUGCUGACCGAGCUGAUGGUCCCAGCACAGCCAGAAGCAAUCAGACCCCUUGAGGCCAAGGAAAAGAUUCUGAAGGUAAACGGAGAGACUGGGAAGGGCCUGGAUGGAAUGUCCUUCCCCAUCCUGUGGACCCUCAAGGCAGAAGUGCUCCUGGAGAUGGACCUACACCAGCCAGCAAGGUUGCUCCUCGCAGAGGCAUGCCAGGCCUUCCAGGAGCUCAAUGACCCUUGUGCAGAAUCAAAGUGCUUGUACCUUCUAGCUGUGUUGGCAAAUAAGGAAAAGAACUACGGACAGGCAGAGAAAAUGAUCGAGAGGGCCCAGCGCCUGGGCGGGAACGAGGAAUUUUGGUACCACUCCACCUUGACACUUGCAGAGACAAUCCUGUCCUUAGAAAACGAGACAAGACAAAUGCAGGUGUGCCACCUGUUUCAGAAGCUUAUAGAUGGCUUCACAGUCCUCAAGAAGGAGCGGCCCAACAGGGUCCCACUGUUGGAAUUCAUGACCACUGACUUGGAAGCCAGGUGUGUCGGCCUGCAGAUCCAGGCCAUCCAGGGGACCAUCCACAGUGAGCCUUCCGGGUACUCAAUGCUGCUGAACAAGAUGGACAAUUGCUUGCUGGAAAUUGAGAAAAAGUUCAUUAACUGUGGCUAUAAAGAGAAGUGCGUGGACAUAAAACUGGAGCGUGCAAAGAUAAAGAGGUUAAGUGCCCAAAAUGAGAAAGAUGAGGAACAGAAAACUGCGUGUUACCUAGAAGCGUAUGACUUGACCCAGAGAGCCGUAGCUGAAGAAGAGGAGCUGUUUCGCAGUAUUCAGGGUUUGCUGUCCCUUCAAGAUGUAAGUGUGUAUUGUAUCACCUCUCUGUACCUCUCUGGUCAUUGCCGUCAGUGUGCAAAUUUUCAGCUGCAGAACGUAAACACUCCCCUGAUGAGGAAGCUUGCUCACCUCAAGCUCAGCCUUGCAGAGGUGUCCCUGGACAUGCUUCAGCUCAUCUGGGAGGAGGCCCUGGAGCAGCAUUUCGACCAGGGGUCGAUGGAUAAACUGCUUGAACACUACCUGCAGAACACCAGUGACUACACCUCCAUAGGCUUGAAAUGGUUCACACUGAAACGGACUCUGGCCCACAUCACGCUGGCGCAGCUGAGCAGCCUGCAGCCGCUGUGCUCUGGCUGUGCCGAGAUCCGAGCCCGCAUGCUGGUCCUGGCCGGGAAGGCCCUGCACCUGCUGGCUGUGAACACGAACCCCGUGUGCCCAGCUGUCUACUGGGAUGAGAGCCUCCCGGUGGAGGCCAAGCUGAGUAGCCUCAAGUCUCCGGAUAUGGAGGGAGAGAAGGGGGAUGGCAAGGAGUCCAGCCGGGACCUGCCAGCCUUCAGAGCACUCCCCGAGGGGCACAGCAGGAAAGGCGCCGACCUGAAGAGGAAGAUGACGCUGGCACAGCGGUACCUGGCCCAGGCAUCCGAGGUGUUGCUGCAAGGCCUGCAGGCUGCACUGGGCGCUGGGAUCCUGGAUGUGGUGGCGGCGGCCAGCCUGGAGAUGGUGGAAUGCGUGGGCACCCUGGACCCCACCACCACCCUCCAGUUCCUGGCACUAUCUCAGAGCUGCACAGCCUCUGAGAUGAUGCAGGGUGUCCUGCUGGCUGCUACAAGCAACACCAGUAGCUCGCAGUUGGCUGCCCUGCUGCAGCUGCAGCACCAGCUGAAGCACCAGGGCAGGACGGCCACCAGCCUGUUUGCCAGCGUGGAGCAGAGGCUAGCUGCCACCUCCAAGGCUUGGCAGAAUCUCUGGGUAACUGAACAACACUUCAGUCUCCUAAACGAAAUUCCUACCACGUUCCGGGUCCUCUUUCUGCACCAUUCACGAGAUAGGUCCCGGCUGUAUGGUGCUGCAUACGAGAGGCCCAAGUUCCUUCCCACACCUAAAGGAAAGCAGCUCCCAAUGGGGGGCUGCUGCAAGGUGGCUCGGGUGGCUGUGGACCCCAGCGCUCUUGCACACCUGCUGGCCCAAGUACGGCAGCUCCGGGAACAGCCACUCAUGGAUGCAUACAGUGAGGACAUGGCCCUGGUCACCAGCUCGGUGUCAGAAAAUACUCAAAUUCAAGAGGAAGAAAAUUACUUUCGAAGGUUUAACAAUGUUCUGAAACCCUUGGAGGAAUACCUGAAGCCCCUGUUUCCGCUGAUGGCGUGUCCUGAAGCCAGAAUACAGACACCUGCCUUUGUAGCAGAGCCAGGGAAGUCCAAGGGCAAAGACAAGGAGAGGAAGGCUUCUCUAGGACCUGCUCCGCCCGAGGCUGCGGACCACGUGGUCCUGGUCAUGGACCAGCACCUCCUGGCGCUGCCAUUGGAAGGCCUCUCCGUGUUCGAGGAGGGGUCAGUGUCCUCCGUGUCUCGAGACUUUUCUCUCCAGAUGCUGAUGAAUCGCCUCCACAAGGAGGAGACAGAAGGCAGUGUGAAAAAAGAGAGCAAAGGCAAAGAGCACAAGAGAGCAAAGAAGGGCAGGAAGGGAAGUGUGCCUCGGAUCCUGCCUCCUGACUGCAUUGUGGUCGACUCAGACAACUUCAAGUUCAUCGUGGAUCCCUACGAGGAGGCCCAGAGCAUUGAAGCACUGACUCCUGUCUUCGUAACCCGGGAAAUUCUGGAGAGAUUCCGAGACCCAUUCACGGCACGAUGGGUUGGACAUCUGGGAAAUAAGUACUUUCCAAGCCAGGCAGAGUGGGAGCAGCUCCUGGGCAGCUGCCAGGGCUUCUUCUUCUACGGGAUGGAGAGCUUCCUGUCCCAUAUCCUGGUGGAAAGGCUGGCUGCCAUGAACUUACAAGAGUGCCAGGUGAUGGUGCUGCUGGACUUGGCUCACUCCUUCGAGAGCAUGCGGCGGCAGUCCGAGCUCGCGGAGAACAAGAGUGCCCUCCAGCUGUCCCUGGAGGGGCCCGUCGAGACUGCCGCCCUCCUGAGCCUGGUGGGUGUCAGGAGCAUCCUGGCGAAUCAGUGGCCCACACUGCUGCAGGACAACGCCAUGCGGGCCAGCAUCCUGUGGGAGAAUCUGCUGGCAGUCGGAAAGCCAACGGGGAAAGCAGUCCGCCUUCUCCAGAGAAUGGGUGGCAAUGACACAGCCAGCCAAGACGAAUCCCCUCAGACCUCCAAGGACAUGCUGGCGUCCCUCCGGUCACAGCUGCGCAGGCCAGAGGCGCUCCCUGUUGCCCUCAACCUGGUGCUGUACGGGCUGCCUCACCAAGCCAUCGGAUGA